AUGGACGAGCAGCAGGAGCCGCACUCGCUGGCGUCGACGUUUCCAAACCCGCCGGAUUUCUGGAAGGAAUUCACACCAGAGAGAAUCGCAGAGAUUAUAGAGCUGCGACGGGCUCAGGCCGCCGAUGGCGAGGACGUGGACAGUGUGCAGAUCCCGAAUCUGCCUGAGCAUCUGAGGGCUCUGCAGCCGCCGCCUGAACCGGCAGAUGGACGGUGGCGAGUCUUUGGCGACCAGUACAUGCUCGACGACAAACUCCCGACUCUCGAGGAGCAGGGCAUCGAAAACCUGCCCGCAACAGCCUCCUCCAGCGCCAAAGACGCCAAGCACUACGAUCGCGCCUUUGAGCUCAAGCGCCUGACCAAAUCUCUACUACUCAACUUCCUCGAGAUGGUCGGCACCCUGGCGCGCAAUGCCAGCGACGCCGAGGCCAAGAUUGCCGACUUACGCACUAUAUUGAUUAACAUUCACCACAUCCUCAACGAGUACCGCCCGCAUCAGGCUCGCGAAUCGGCCAUUGAGAUGAUGCAGGACCAUCUUGAUCGUACACGCACCGAAACGGCCGCCAUUCGCACGCAGGUCGACAAGGCGAGGAAAGUUCUUGAAGGCCUGGGUAGCUUGGACUUGUCGGCGAUUCCAAAGGAACAAAUUCCGGUGGAGGAUCCGACGGCAACGUGGACGGACGAGGAGAAUCUCUUAACUGAGAAGACGCUGAGAGAGGCCAAGGUGUGGGCUAUGGCUGAUGCGGUUAUCGAAUAG